AUUGAAAACAAAUAAAUUUGUGUGAGCUGCGAAGAAAGUGAUCACUUCAGCAUUCUUUCUACAGGUUAAGGGAUUAGUUUACACUGAAGCAUGGGAUUUUUAGAUGAAGAUGGGUUGAUUUCAAAAACUAGGUCCAUGGUUUUAUCCCUCUCAAAUAUCAUUUCAAGGUCACCUACGUUAUCUCCCAUGCAAGUCCAUGAGUGUCAAUGUACUGCCUCCAUCUAUAAACAGUAUCUCCACCUACCAGGUCUCAAAACCCUAAUAUAUGAAUAUAAAAGCCUUCAAUUACUGACACCAACUCUCAUCAUCCAUUCCUACACCAUCCCUCAGUCACCAUCGCCUUCAUCGUUAGAUUUUAUGUCCUUCAGAACUCACUCUGCAUCCUACUCUUCUUGGUCCUCUGGGAUGGACGAUAUGCUGGGGACUGAAAGUGGAGUUUACAUGAUCCAUAGUGCGUUGAAAAUGAUAACGAUGGAUCAUAAAGCCAAAGGUCCUAGUAAACAACGUAAUAAGAGGAAGCAAGGGCGUCCAAGGGUGGGAGAAUAUCCACCCCCAAUUCCAUUACUAGCAAGAACGGGGAAUUUGCCAAGCCACAUGCCUUGGAUUUUAGCCAGAUAUUACAGCAACGGGAGGCUGGUUCUUAAAGAAGAGAAAGUGAAACAUCACGAAUAUUUUGAAGCCUACAGAGAAAAUGGUCGCCUUAUUCUGGACCUCGUGCCUUUGGAUGGCAGUUUUAGAUGUUGUCAUACGGUUUUCGAGGAAACUAAUGCUGUUGAAGACGAUGAGGAGAAGGAGAAGGAGAUAGAGCUAGAAAACCUGGAGUUUUUUCAAGGAUAUGGGGAAUUAGAGAAAGUUGAAGAACUGGAUGAAGAAACUGACGACAAUGAUGAUGAUGAUACUGAUGAUGAAGACAAUGGCAACGUGAAACAUGAAGCGUCUAUGACAUCAGCAUUAUCAGUGCCUGAGAUGUGUCAUUGGAGCGAAACGUAUGGAGAUCCACGCAAGUGCUUGACGUAUUCGGGUAGGUUUAUAUCAGAAAUGAAUUCAGUACUUUCACAAUGCUGAUAAGUAAAGAGAGAAAUUAGUAUGAAGAAGCCAUCAACCGGUUGUAAUUCACUCCAUAACAAGACCUUCCUUUUAGUUUGUUCUGUUUAUUUACAAUAAUUAGUAAUCUAAUGAGUAGUUUCAAACAAGGGUUUAGCUAGAAAAUCUAAAAGUUAUUGGUUAUCUUAUAUUUAUUUGAAAACAAAAUCAGAAUUAUUUAUGAA